AUGAUCCGCGGCGGGGCUGGGCGCUCCCACCCGGGCCGCUCGGUCUCUCUGCACACAGUGGCUGCGGAGACUCGGGGCCGCCCGCGCGCGGGGCAGCUGCGGCCCGCGACGCGAGAGGAGGCGGCGGCGGCGGCGGCGGCGGUGGUCGGAGCAGCCCGGGGACCCCCUCUCUCUUUCUCUCCGGCUCCUGGCUCCCGCCGCGGGCGCCGGACCCCACGCAACUCCCAGUCCCCCACCACCCGCCCACCCCGGAGGCCGGUGGGGGUGAGCCGGCCAGGCGCGCUCCCGCCCCGCGGGGGCACGCCCGGGCACGCGCACAGCCCGAGCGGGCGGGGGCAGGGGCGACGAUCGGCGGUCGGGCCCCGGGAGGGGGAGGGUGGGCGCCGCUGCUGCUGCUCCCCCGAGGGGAGCGGGGAGCCCGCCGAGCCCCCCGGCCGACGGCAGGUGGCGCUUGGACACAACCGCCUUCCCCGGGCACGUGGGCGCUCCCCUCCUUUCUCUCCCUUUCUCCAAGGCCGAGACAUCCCUUUAAAGCCCGGCCGGCGGGAGCCCCUCUCCCCGGUUGGCGCUUUCAGUUUGGCCCUUUUCCCGCGGCUGUCUCCCCUCCUCCCCGCGUUGGGACGCGCCGCACGGUGCGCGUUUGGCGGCGCCGGGCCCCUCUGCGCCCCGGCCCCCCAUGGAGCCCGGAGUAACGGUCCUUGGGGCUCGGCCCGGCCAGUCCUUUGGCCGGCGAUCGGGCCCCUUCCCCGGGCUGGUUCCAAACCCGGUCCGGACGCAGAGCUGCGUCUCAGCCCUGCGGCGCGCCCCGCGCCCUCCCAUCCCCCCUUCCUUUGUCCCCUUCCCCCUGUCUCGACCCCCUACCUCCCAGCGCCCCCCCGCCCCCAGAGCAGCCUCGUCCUGAAAUCGAGCAAGGAGCUAGCACGCCUUCUGGAUCACUCGCUAGUGUAG